AUGGAAAAGCAGACAAAUUUCCCUACCCCCCUGGGACCAGGGACUAGAGGACUUAAAGACUUUCUGGUUAGGCGAGAGAGCUUCAGAGUGUAUGAACCAGAGCCUAAUCAGAAUGCUGACUAUUCAAGGGAUGGCAGUGUACUGGAUGAGCCCACCAAGGCAGCAGAUGAAGCAAGUUACAUCUCUACAGAUGAGAGACUGGACGGAUGCCAACAACCAGUGGUCAAAUGUAAUCCCCAAUGCCAUCAUCGUCUGGUGCGAGAAAUUGCUCAGGACUUCAAAAUAGAUCUGCGCUUUCAGAGUGCAGCUAUUGGUGCUUUGCAGGAGGCAAGUGAGGCCUAUAUGGUUGGCCUUUUUGAAGAUACCAACCUGUGUGCUAUCCAUGCCAAACGUGUAACAAUUAUGCCAAAAGACAUCCAGCUAGCACGCCGCAUACGUGGAGAACGUGCUUAA